GACGACGCACGCUACGUAAGACGUCGGCCGCUGCGCACGCAGCAGCGCGCAUGCGCGGCGGGGCUGGUGGCGGCGGGCGGAAGCCAGCAUGGCGGCCGAGCGCAAGACUAAGUUGUCCAAGAACCUGCUGCGCAUGAAGUUCAUGCAAAGGGGGCUGGACUUGGAAACCAAGAAACAACUAGAAGAGGAAGAAAAGAAAAUCAUUAGUGAAGAGCACUGGUACUUGGAUUUGCCGGAGCUGAAAGAGAAAGAGAGUUUCAUAAUAGAAGAGCAAAGUUUCUCACUGUGUGAAGAUCUUCUCUAUGGAAGAAUGUCAUUCAGAGGAUUCAAUCCUGAGGUUGAGAAAUUAAUGCUUCAGAUGAAUGGUAAGAACAAAGCAGAGGAAGUUGAAGAUGAAACUGUGGAGCUCGAUGUGUCAGAUGAAGAAAUGGCCAGAAGAUAUGAGACCCUGGUGGGGACAAUUGGAAAAAAGUUUGCCAAAAAAAGAGACCGUGCCAAUUAUGAAGAAGAUGAAAACGGAGACAUAAAACCAAUGAAAGCAAAGAAGAUGUUCUUAAAGCCCCAAGACUGAAAUGGAUGCCUAAAGAUACGGCUCGGGGGUGCCUCGUGAAAGUUAGCAUAUUUUGGAACGCAUUCUGAUAGUUUCUCCAUAGUUAUUAAUAUUGUAAUGUUUAUUUGUAAAGAAAUGUAUAAUUUUGGAAACACGCUGUUUGUGAAACAGCUGUGUGGUGGCUGUUAUGCCUCCUUUGCUUGCUGGUGUUCAUCACGAAUGGAUGUUUAGCCCUAGACCUUCAGAUGUACAUAGGAAUAUAGUCCAUGUUUCCUAAAGAUUUUUUUUUGACCUCAGGUUUUUUUUAAUAUAGCUCUCCAGUCUUUGACCUUGAAUUGACUCAUAAUACCAAUGUUUAAAUUGCCUUAUGUUUAUAUUUAAAUUAUUAAUCAUGUCAAGCCAAUUCAUGCAUACUUUUUGGAAUCAAAUGUUGUGAGAAUUGAUUAUACGUAAAUUCAUCAAGGACAACCCUGCCUCUCCACCCUGAAGUAUUUGCAUUCUACCAAGUCAUUGUCAGUUUGUGAAAUUAUGGUUUUUUGUUUAAAGCCUUUAAUUAAUAAAAAAAGAAAAUUAUUCUAUAAUAAA